UUCACUGCGCGCGAACUAAACGCACUCCUUAGGACACAGGCGCGCGGAUUGGAACGCGUCAGCUUCCGGCGGCUCCGCGAACCAACAUGGCGGCUGUGGAUCUGCGAGACAACCUGCUGGGGAUCUCGUGGGUGGACAGCAGCUGGGUGCCGAUGCUGAACUCGGGGAAUGUUCUGGAUUACUUCUCCGAGAGGAGCAACCCGUUUUAUGACCGAACCUGCAAUAAUGAGGUGGUGAAGAUGCAGAGACUCAGUCUGGAGCACCUCAAGCAGAUGGUUGGAGUGGAGUAUAUUUUGCUGCAUGCUCAGGAGCCAAUCCUCUACAUCAUCAGGAAGCAGCAGAGACAAUCACCUUCACAAUUGAUUCCUCUGGCUGAUUAUUACAUCAUCGCCGGUGUGGUGUAUCAGGCUCCUGAUCUCGGCUCAGUCAUCAGCUCCAGAGUGUUGUCAGCAGUCCAUGGGAUCCAGUCAGCAUUUGAUGAAGCGAUGUCGUUCUGCCGUUAUCAUCCAUCAAAGGGCUACUGGUGGCAUUUUAAAGAUCAGGAAGAACGAGAGAAAGUAAAGCCAAAGCAGAAGAAGAAAGAGGAGCCGAGUUCACUGUUCCAGAGACAGAGAGUAGACGCACUGCUGCUCGACCUGAGGAACAAAUUCCCUCCAAUGUUCUACCAGCCUAAACCAGGAGAGAAGCCGGUUCCAGUGGAAGUGAAAAAGGAGGCAGAGAUUCCAGCAGAAGCAGCGAAGCAGGAAGAGCGAGAGGCUGCGAUUAAACCCCCCGCAGCUUCAGGAAGCACCAAACCUCCACCUGAGAAACGAGCACGCCUGCAGUGACACACACACACACACACACUGCAGUAUUUAACCCCCAACCCUCACCAGAAAUCUUUUUUUUUUUUUUCUUGUAAAUCUUGUUUGUUGUGUAAAUACUGAAUCCUCUUUAUUUUUUUUAUGCAUCUUGACUCUUGUAUGAACUCCAGUAUAAUAGUGGAUGGAAGCUGAUACUCGUCAUUAAACGUUGUUGUUAGGUGGGAAUGUGCUUUUCUAAAUCAAUAAAGACGGUUUGGCUGUUAAAGUGAACAGAGUGAUAACAUUUGGUUGUCGGUUUUUGAAUCUGUAACGCCGUGUAGAACCCACUGUAGAUAUGAAUGUGUGUCUUUCAUUGUAUAUAUUAAAUAUAUGCUGUUUGAAGUCA